AUGUCAACUCCCACCACCCAAGAUUCUACCACCCAAGAUUCUACCACCCAAGAUUCUACCACCCAAGAUUCUACCACCCAAGAUUCUACCACCCAAGAUUCUACCACCCAAGAUUCUACCACCCAAGAUUCUACCACCCAAGAUUCUACCACCCAAGAUUCUACCACCCAAGAUUCUACCACCCAAGAUUCUACCACCCAAGAUUCUACCACCCAAGAUUCCACCGUCCAAAAUUCCACCAACAAGGAGAAUCCCACCACGAAGACCCCAAAUCCCAGACAAACAAUGGUGGAGAUCGCCAAAAAUCCAGACUUCUCGAUUUGUGGCAAAAUCGAGCGUGCGAAAUCACUCCUCGAGCAGAAGGGAGAUUCCUACAAACGUUGGAAAGAGAACCUGAACCCGGAUCCGGAGAACAAGGGAUCUACUGUUGUCACGAAAGCCAUAGAGAUCAAGGAGACCACGGAGUUGAGAUUGUAUCUCACGAGCCUUGAGAAGAAACGCCUGACGGUAGACGACCGCGGAACUUGGGGAGGAAAUAAUUAA